AAUCUUCUUGCUCUGAAUCCAAAAAUUCAACCACAUGCCUCCACAGUGCCUUCUGCAGUGACAAAGAGGGUUAAGAAGCACUGGAAAAGAAAUAAUGAUAAAUCAUGCUCUGUAAGUUUAAAACAUGGCGUUUUGUAUGUUGAAAAUGCAGACAAAUUUUGUUGUACAACCCUCAAAUAAACCACACAUUCAAUCUAUAAUAUAUUAUAUACAAAAGGUAACCAAAAUCGCACAAAACUCCAGUGCACUGAGAUUUUAUUUUCGGAUAACUUCACCUGUAAGGGAGUGGUCAUUAUUUAUGGGGAGGGGGGUUGGUAAAUGGGGAAAAUAAGGAUUGAAACAGGUGUGCGUUGCAGGUACAGUUAGAUAUUAGGACAAUCUGUUUAAUCUAGCUCAUGAUAUUUUAUCCUGGUGAAUAUGAUUCAACCAUAUAUGAUUAUGUGUUACUACUUUGCAAUGCAACAUUUGUCCUACCAUAACCCUAACCCAUGGCCCGUCUUCAUACGGCGAAAUGAUUUGAACACAGGGCUUUUUUUAAGAACUUGUCUGGGAGGGGGACAUCUACAAAAAGGAGUGAGUGUGGAGAGAUGACAGAUGGUUGUUGGUGACAAAAAGUUUGGUGUGGUAUCGUAUGUACUAGUAGGGGGGUCUGGGGGUAUUCUCCCCCAGAAAGAUUUUUGGAUAUACAACGUUACAUUGUGCUUUGAUAGACUGAAUCUGAUCAGUUAAGUACUUGCAUGGUAUGUUUAUGUAAAUACCACAAUUGGGUCACUCAAGGGGUAGCUACCAUGGUUGGCGCUGAGCAGGGAAAUUUUGAAAAUUUUGAGUCUCUAGAUCGUUGGAAAUUGGCAUUUUCAGAGUCCUCUUUACCCCUUUGGCAUUAUGAUUUGUGAGUCUAUGCUAUUUGUGAUUAUAGAUAUCAGAACUCUAGACAUGGUAUUUAAGUUCAAAAACUUUUUUGAGCCUCCCUUUCUCUAGGUUAAAACUUUUUUGACCCCCCUAUUUAUAAAGGUAAAACUUCGUUUGCCCCCCUCUCCCAUUUACCACCCCCCCCCCACCCCCCUCCCCAUAAAUAAUGACCACUUCCUAAGUCACAACUUCUAUGCAUUCUGGGGGUCAUGGUCCCCUGGAAGAAUAUUUUUGGGUCUCUGAAACGGCAUUUCUUGCAUUGUGGAGAAAAAUAAAAAUGUUUUAAUAAGUGGCCUUUUAACAGUGUCAAAUAUUGAUUUCAGAUUUAUUUAAAUACUUGACAAUUUAAUUCAAUGAGAGACAUAUAGUCACAGAACUUUAUAUUAGUCGAGCAAAGUUCAGUAAAUAGAUUUUUAAGAUACACAACAUUAAAAGUGAAAUCAAUUCAUUUGGUGCAUGCAUGUACUAAGUACUAUAUGCUGCCAACACCCAAUAUAAAUCAUGCAAAUGUUGAAAUAUUAAAUUCAAUCUGAUUCAUUCCGUUCUUUUUUCUCAAGACAGCCAUGUGCGACAUUCAGCAUUUUAUUGGAUAUAGGAUGACAUUCGAGUCAUUUGUGACAGUUAUAAGACUGUGUUAAUUCGCUUUUAUAAACUAGACAUGUGGUGAUCUCACAAAGAACUUUGAUGAUGUCAAACAUACAACUUUGAGUGAGAGAGGAGCUUUGCGAGAAGCUGCCAGGUAAUGAAUGUGCGUUGUAAGGUACUGUGGAAAACGUCUGUUUCAUGAAUUUUACUGCAAGACAUGCAUAAAAAAUUCUCGUUUUUUACAGAUGUUUAAAAUGUGCAGAUGCUCCUUGUCAGAAAAGCUGUCCAACUCAACUCGACAUCAAGUCAUUUAUCACGAGCAUCUCCAAUAAGGUAAUGUUUAUCCUGACCCUUGACUUAGGGCUGGGGUGGCCAUGGAUUUCUAGUGGAAAAGUUUAAAACAUAGUAGAAAGCGUAAGACGGUUUGACAAACUGUAAAAUCGUCUGGCAUUAGACAGAGUAAACUAAUAAUUAAAAGUAAUUAAGGUGCAUUAGAUCGAUUCCGAUCAACAGAGUAUGGUGCAUUAGGGUGCAAUGUAGCCUGCAAUUUAGCUGUGGAUAAAGGGUUUUCUCUAUUGUUUUACUUGUAUAGUAACGUGCAAAUCAAAACUAUUUUGGACCAAUCCCACAUUAACCAAAAUUUUGAUCCCAACAAGUCUAGACAAAAUUUUCAUCACAGCUUGAAAGAGCAUCACAAAAUUCGUAAUAUUCCAAAGUUUCGUUGCGAAAUGUUGUAAAAUGCGGAUAAUAUAGCCUUGUGAAGUUUGCAAUUUUCACUCAUUUUGUAUUACGCGCGGGAAAUUUUCGAAAUUUUAUUACGCGCGGGAAGUGGUAACCAUUUCCCGUUUGUAAUACAAAAUGACUGAAAAUUACAAACUUCGCAAGGCUAUAUUAUCCGCAUUUUCAAUUAGGAGCUUCCCUUAGCUGGAUGACGUCAAACAUCACGCGUAUAGGUGCACUAUUACCUUUACAAUCGAUUUCUGGCAUUUCCAGAGUCAUACGAUAGAAACGUCGCAUGGUUUUGACAUUUUGAAAUUGUAUUUCCCGUUGGGAUUAGCUCACAGUCGGACCAGAAAUGGAAAUACCGUGAUAAAGAUGCAAAUUUGAAGAUAUAGGCUCGAAAAUGACACUCUUAAUAGUGUUUUUGAUAGCGAUUUGAACAAGACUAUUACGUGCAAGAAAAUACGUCCGAAGAGGCUGAAGUUAUAUUCGGGGAAAGGCUAGUCUAUAUUAUUACGAUCUCGCUUGACUUUCAAAGGCCAUAAAUCGCUACAAUGUUGGCAAUGACAAACUAUCGUGAGGAAUUAGUUGAUAUUGUUUCACUGAAUCGAAUGGUGGUAUUAUUGUCUUCAUAGCAUGCAUGCACUGAACCGAAGAUAUAAACUUACAAAGUCGUCAGCUUCUGGAAGUUGACAUGCGUGGGACUUUUCGAUCGUUAAACCAACCUUGCAAUUCCAUUCACAAAUGUAUUUAAUCAUCCAGAAUAUUUUCUUUGAAAUGUCUUUUUUAUGCUUAGCAUAUAAUUUAUAACAAAAUGCACCAUUAAAUUAGUGCUUUGAAAGCCUGAAAUUUCUUACAAAAUGUGCUCUCAGAAUACUGCAAAUGCCAUUUCAGGGAUCCAAAUUUUAAAAAUUUUCUGGGGGAGCAUUCCCCAUACCUCCUGGAAAUCUGGUGCCUUCGGCACUCGUCCCUCCAAUAUUUCGCAAAGUUCCCGCCACUGAUUGCAAAUUUCGCAUUUCGCAACGAAACUUUGGAAUAUUACUAAUUUUGUGAUGCUCUUUCAUGCUGUGAUGGAAUUUUGUCUAGACUUAUUGAGAUCAAAAUUUUGAUUAAUGUGGGAUUGGUCCAUUGGCGCUGGAGAGUGAUCAUGAAUCAACAAUUUUUCGCUGAUGAGGAUUGAAGACUACAACGCGAUUAGCUAUAUAGGUUUUUCCAUGUAAUAACAAAUGCAUUUUUCACAAGGAGUCAUAAUGACUUAACAAAGCGCUAUGCGUGACAUAUAGUUUGCGCAAUGUCCGCUUAACGUAUCUAGUUUUAACCACAGUUCACCCGUUUGACCCAAAUCGAAAAAAAGUACGAAUCCUCCCGGUCAAACGAGAAUGAGAGUUUGUGAGAAAUUGGCUGUCACUAAUUGUCACAGGGAACAUUUCAAGAACUGAAAUAAGGUUUACAGUUGAUUUCACGAAACUUUGGUCGCUCCAAUUGCGAGGUUGGUUGGGAAUUUGGGAACUAUAAACGCGAGAUCAUCAAGUUGAUUAGAAACCGGCCAAUCAUAUUCGGAAGUUUCGCAUCAAAUUAUCGAAAUUCGUGAUGAAAUUCCGAACCAAGUUCGCAAGCAAGUUCGCAAAUUGCAAACGAUUUUGGCGGUCAAUUAUUGUAUUAAACUGAUUAUAAUUUUAAAAACUGAAAUUAUUAUUAUGAUAUUAUUUAUUAUUAAAUGAAUAAGUUUAAUACAAUAAAGUUUAUGAUUUUUUCUGUGUUGGUGCUGUGUACUCAGGUAUUCAUGAUGUUUGUGAUGUUACUGUGAGUGUAUACCCACACCGGCGAGCUUGAAAAAUAUGCCUGGCCACGGUGGGAAUCGAACCUACGACCUUUGGAAUACUAGCCCAAUGCUCUGCCAACUGAGCUACGCGGUCAGGACGGUUCGAGUAAGUGAUAUUUCGGAACAGAUAAAGUUUAGUUUUUGAAAUUUACCGUCAAAAUCGUUUGCAAUUUGCGAACUUGCUUGCAAACUUGGUUCGGAAUUUCAUCACGAAUUUCGAUAAUUUGAUGCGAACUUCCGAAUUUGAUUGGCCGGUUUCCAAUCAGCUUGAUGACCUCGUGUUUAUAGUUCCCAAAUUCCCAACCAACCUCGCAAUUGGAGCGGCGAAAGUUUCGUGAAAUCAACUGCAUGUAAUGAUUGUUUCAACUACGUUUUCACUUAUAUAAAAUACAUGAUAUAGUGUUAGGAAAGCAUCAAGAACAGCUAAUUCCAAUAUCGCGUGAGUACCGACUCUCAUCCUCGUUUGAUCCAGGUUUUUAAUGCAAAUUUCCGGGACUCUUUUCCAUUCAGAAUUUCUAUGGUGCAGCGAAGACGAUCUUUAGUGAUAAUCCGUUAGGUCUAACGUGCGGUAUGGUGUGUCCUACAAGCGACCUUUGUGUGGGUGGUUGUAAUUUAUAUGCAAGUGAAGAAGGUCCUAUCAAUAUCGGAGGUCUUCAACAGUUUACAACUGAGGUAAAUUUAUACUACUAUUAUAAUUGCUUCCUUAAGUAUGUAUUAGCUGGAACAGCAACCUUAGUAUUAAGUUAGCUUCAUUGAUGUUCAAACUUUGAACUUCAAAAACUUUGAGGCUUUUUUGUGUAUUUUCAUUUUCUCUUUUUGUUUUAAGUAAGUGAAUUGUAGACUCGUUUGUAUUUACAAAACGAGCCGCCAUUUUUUUUUUUUUUUCAAAUCAUUAAUUGCACUCCUGCAUGGUGAGUCAAAGUUCAAGUCAAAAGACAAGUCGGAGCUAGUACAAGUCAAAAGGGUUUUUUGUUCAUGAUUCUGGUGAGUGCAAUUAAUGAAAAAUUGCACUCUUCUUAACCAAUCAGAUUGAAGUAAUUUUAUCCUGUAUAUAAUAAACCCAGAUAGUGUUAUUUCUAGCUUCACCAGGGAAUUUUAACCAGAGUGUUUUGGAGUAUGCAGAGAAAAAUAGAUUCAGAAAAGAUCCAGAAAAACCCUGACGGAACGCGAACUUUAACCUGAUGCAAACCAGUUUCCGUUAUAUAAUGUAUUAUAACGUAAUGUAAUAGAAAUUUACACAUUAAAUAGCUAAGCUAAAUUACAAUGUGCUACAAAUAAGUUUUUACUGUUUUUAAGAAUUGAUUAAGAAUGAAAUAAGAACGAUUUAUUAUAUUAUCUUAUACUAUAAAAAAAAACAUGCAAGAUUGGACGUAAAAAAAAUACCUGUGGUUCCGGUUCCCGACCGACCCUAUUUUUUUCUGCCGAUCCUAUUAUUUUUUCAACGCGAUUGACCGUGCGACCCUAUUUUCUCCAGGUGGUUGCCGGCUGCUCAUACAGCGUGCCAAAAUGGCGUCUGUUGUCACACUAAUUAUUGAACCAAAUUGCCUAAAUUCGUCCAUAGGAAAUACGCAUCUCUAGUUUAAUAAUGAUGGGGGACUCUACUGCAAAUCGCCCAGCAAAAAACCGCCAAAACGAUGAAGAAAAAAAUAUUAAAAAAAAAAUUAUUUCCGACCUACCGACCCGAAUUUUUUCACGAUAUGAAACGGGAACCACAGGUAUUUUUUUUUUACGCCUUGGUAAGAUUUUCGAAACUAAGAGUUAGCUAAGCUAAGAGUUAUGAAGAGUUAAAUUGUACUUAUUGCAUAAAUGAUAGGACUCUGACUAAAUCGUUUAGUUCUGCACGCAUAAUUAUAAUAUUCUAAGCCGUUUGUCCUCGUUUCUCUCUCUCUCUUUUGACAUUUUCUUAAUCAUGUCAACACACAUAACAUCUCUACGUUCCUUUAGGGUUUUCAAAUUGGACUGACGUAAUGCAUGAUCGUAGCUCAUACCAGGAAGGAUUAUUCUCAGCGCCCUCUUUUGUAAUCUCUCAAUGUCAUUACUCUGUUCAACUCUGAGAUUGCCAUUCCAGAUUCGAGUUCCUUAUUCUAGAACCGACCUUACCUAUGUAUCCUAACGUUAACAUGAUAACGUUAACAUGUUGUUUAUCUGUGCCACCAUUUAUAUGUAUUCUCUUAUGUAGGUUUUCAAAAAAAUGCGCAUGCCACAGAUCCGUGAUCCUAGUUUACCUAAACUCGAAGAUUUGCCAGAAAGUUACAGGUCAAAGGUUUGUAUCACUCGUUGCUUGUGCAGUGCAAAUUUACAAUGUAGCUUAAAGUCUAGUUAUUUUUCGUUUGUAUAUGGACCGAGCCAUACUCAUUAUCUCCUGACGCUAUGGUGUACCCCACGGAAUUUAACAUUACGUAAUUAGUAAUAGACCGGAAAUACGUCACAUGGCGUGACAGAGCAUGCGGUAUUGAGAUUAGAAAAAAUCGUAUUGUGUAGAAAAGACAGAGAUUAAUAGUUGUAACAUUCGGUGUUUAUACCGUUAAAAUAUGAGUUUUAAAUAAUAAUAAAGUUACACACUAAAGCACAAAGAGUGAAGGUAACAAUGGCUUCCCGGGAUCGGGAAACUUUGCUACGCCUUAUCUUCGGUUUCAUGCACCAACAAAUACCACCAUUCAAUUUGCGUACAUAAUCUUUACAUGUCACCUGUGGCUUUGUUUGUAUGGUUAUUUAUAAUGCAAUGCAAGCGAUUUAUAGCCGCUUCAAGCUGAACAAAACUGCAAUGUCGAUGAUUCCUCAAUUCAAAAUAUACAACAUACAAAAAAAAAGAUUUAAAAAAAUGAAAAUAUAUCUGUGCCUUCCAUUGUUGAUGAAUAUAACUUCUGAUUUUUUCUGUGUUGGUGUUAGAGCCGGUACGGUUCCAAAAAUUUGAUCUCGGUCCCGGUUCCGGGUUUUUUGGAACAGAAAAACCUCGGUUGGGUUUCGGUUAUUCUCAAAAAAGAUGAACAGCACAAAUGUAUAUGAACUCAUGUAUGUUUCGAGCAUUUUUAUUAAAUAGAUGAAUUUAUGCCUUUGUAAGUUUGUAGAAAUCUCUGAAUAUUUUAAAAGAACAGCUGGAAUUUAUUUAUGAACAUGAAAUAUUUAUUUUUAAAACAAUUUAUUAAAGCAAGUGCACAACAUAACUAUCACAACUAAAAUAUCAACUAUUUGAGCACUUAGUACAGUGCAUAUUGUGCACAAAGAGCACAGUCUUGUUAUUAUUUUCCAAACAUUUCAACCUGCAAUCAGGUGGGCGAUUGGCGGGCGUUAAACGGGAAAUUAAAACCCGAAACUACCGGUUCUUUGCGUAUAUAUAAUUUUUCGGUGCUAAAAAAGUACCGGAAGAACCGAAUUUUUCGGUUAACCGCACAGCUCUAGUUGGUGUAAUGUACUCAGGUGAAUAUGAUGUUUGUGAUAUUAGUCUGAGUGUAUAUAUCCACACCAGGCAAGCUUGAAAAAUAUGCCUGGCCACGGUGGGAAUCGAACCUACGACCUUUGGAAUACUAGCCCGAUGCUCUGCCAACUGAGCUACCCCACCGUGACCAGGCAUAUUUUUCAAGCUUGCCCGGUGUGGAUAUACACUCAGAGUAACAUCACAAGCAUCAUAUUCACCAACAUUACACCAACAUAGAAAAAAUACGAAAAAUUAUUAUAAAAGAGUGCAUUACACCAACAUAGAAAAAAUCAUGAUUACUAGAUUACAUUGAUAUCGAAGGAAUUAACUAGAUUCUGUUCCGAAAUAUCACAUACUCGAAACGACCUGACCGCGUAGCUCAGUUGGCAGACGAUGAUUGGGCUAGUAUUCCAAAGGUCGUAUAAGGUUCGAUUCCCACCGUGGCCAGGCAUAUUUUUCAAGUUUGCCCGGUGUGGAUAUACACUCAGAGUAACAUCACAAGCAGAAUAUAACUUCUGUUUUGUAACUCUUUUCUUUAUGGCGAAGAUAAUCUUGGCCAGAUAGAUUUACCUGCCAUGUUUCGACAUCACAUCUGGCGAAUAUGAAAUAAAAAAUACUCAACACGCGUUUAAUUAAGCGCUUGUGUUGUGCUGGCAUCGGUAGUAAUUUUGUAUCGAGUAUUGUUUGCUCGGUUCCUUUUAACUUAAUUUCCGUCUUUCGUCUUCAAAUUAACAUUGUUGACAUGUUGAAAUUCUGAAAUCCAUUCAUCUAAACUUUCUGCAGAUAGGUCCCGUGUAGUGGUGCGUAACUUGAAAUCAUGUUUGUCUGACGCGCAGAAGUAUCUAUCUAAUGCCUUCACGUGAUGAUCUUCUUUCCCUACUUCAGAUAACGCCUUUUGAAACUGGCGACAGUCGAUAUCAUUGACAGCCGUAUUAAAAACUUGUCAAAGACGAAGUUCCGAACCGUCGAAGUCCCGAACUCUUUUCAAUGUCGCAUAUUUGCAAUGAAAAGUGUUCAAAACCGAAAAUAUUUUUGUCGUUCUUCUCAAAAUUACUUUGUUUUAGCUUUAUACAGUUGGCAACCUUUUUAAAUGUAUCUACAGGCGGUUAAAAAAUUGAAUACAAUUUGUCAAUUAUAAAUAUAAUUGAUGCUGAUCAUGCUGUAAAUUUGACGCCAUAUAUUUAUACAGCAAUAUAAGCAAAAUUAACUUACUGAACUUCAGACAUAAUUUUCUCUUUGGCGUACCAUCUAAAAUCUUUUCAUUUUAGCAUUAUUUUACAGAUAAAAAAGAACCCGAGUUCUCUUUUCAGGAGAAAUUUCUUACUUCUGAAUGUUGUGUCUCUCGCGGCUUAGGGCAUUUCCGCAAGGCAUUGGAUGGUUUGGGAAACUUUCCAGUCCUUGAAAAUCAGGUCGGUAUUCGGUAUUCAAAUACGUCUCGGCAUUUUUUUCCGCGAACAUUUUUAAUCCUUGUGUAUAAACAUUGCAAUUUAAAUGUGAUAUUUGAAACUUUGAAAAGUAAACAUACGCGUUAAUUAAAAUCGUCCAGCUUCAAGAUUUAAGUGAAAGUAUACAUAUGGUAAUAAAGUAGUGUACGGUCUGUCACAACAUUUGGUCACAACAUGCACUGUUCGAUUGGAGUUCAUACAUUUUGUUAGUUGUUUUGUUUGCUAUUGGCAUUGAUUGCACUUAUAUAAUUGCUGUUUAUUAAAAACGCGUAUUUGCAGCAAGCAAAUUAAAUUUUCAUUUCAUGCAUGGAUAUUGUCUAUUUGUUUUGAAAAUAUUUGCCGACCUAGAUUGAGAAUUAUCGCUACAGACGCUAGUUUACAGUUUAAGGUCGGCAUUUUCUUGACGACCUGAAAUUUCGGGAGUUUCAAGGACUGGAAAACGAUUUUUACUGUGUUUUAACACCCUGCAUGCAUGGACCGAUGUUUAGGCCUAUAUAAAUAUACUCACUCUAAAGACUUUAUAUUCUUGACUACUAUGUUUUUAACUCGAUAUAAGCAAAAAAAUUACCAAUAUAAAACCGUGUUUCGAGACAUUUUAUAUUUUUGUUCAGUUAUAAAUAUGAAAUCUGCUUUCGCAAAUUUAGAAGGUUGCUGUGAUUCGUCAAGUCGAGGGCACGGAAUGUGUAGUUUCUUGGUUGAGCAGACGUUCGUUAAGCCUGAUUCUCAUAUGUCGCCGACGUCGGUGAUGCCAUUGUUUGAGAUCAGUGAAGAAAAACAUAGACAAACGAUUUUACUCAUCGAUGAUCAACGACAAUGGGCGUCGGCGACAUUAGCAGGCAUUAGCGAUAAGGAUACAGAGUUUGGCAACCGUCAACGGCAGAAAAGAAAAUUGCGUACAUUUUAGUGUGCGAGCCAUAUAUAGUAGCUAUCUUACAAUUCAAUUAUUUCAAUGUUUCGUUCUUUCCAAAAGCGUACCGCCUAGCCACGUAGCCAGUAAAAUAUAUUGCUCACUUACAAUGUCAAUGACGUCUAAUUUUCAAUUUUUCGUUUUAUCAAAAACUAACUGCUUUGUCGGGCAGCCAUAUAUAGCUUGCUGAUGUUAAUAUUAGGGCCAUUUAUACGAGCGAAAGUAAGUCGCGGCCUAAAUAAGCCGCGGGUUAAAUAAGUCGUGAACGACUCGUAUAAACAGUCAAUUUGCAAUAAGCCGCGGCUUAUUUAAGCCUAGCUUUCAACUCUGGACUUAUUUUAGCCGGGGCUUAUUGCAAAUUGACUGUUUAUACGAAUCGUUCGCGACUUAUUUAAGCCGCGGCUUAUUUAGGCCACGGCUUAUUUUCGCUCGUAUAAAUGCAUGGCCCUAUUGUUCUUGUUCAGCCCGCAACUUUCACUUUCACUUUGAACGCCCCACAUCUAUCGAAACACAACGCGGAAACUUCAGCGUAGUGGAAAUCAUUAACAAGUGACUUCAAAAGGGCAACUUGGUUAUAUAGACUUUGCUAAUCAAUCGAUAUUUUCACAAUGUUGGACGAAGUUAUCGCCUGUUUCUUGUCGUUGUUUUCUGCCUUAACUUUGGAUGCGCCGCAACUUUCCCGAGAAAUGAACGACAAUUCAAGUUCAUCAGAACAAUGUAUACGCUAUACGUGGAAGGAUAAAAUUCACAGAGAGUAUGUCUCGUUUGAGGAAGAGAAUGUACCAUCCGAAACACGGUAUGUGCAACUAGGGUAUAAACUGCGCAACAAUCCUACUUAUACCCAGUCAUUACUCAGAAGUCUGAAGGCGACAUUUACCAUAACCUUAGCCGUACUGCCUUUGGUAUUUAUAGGGAUGGCUCUUAUAUAUUUCGAUUUAAGAACAACCGAUUUAUGUUCUGAAUGGGAGGCUAAAAAGUACACUGUUUCAUUUGAUGUUAGGAGAACACGGUUAAUCGGCAAAGGAGUUGAGAAAGUGAUAUUGUAUCUCUCGUUUCCCUUGACUUUGAUUGUUUUAUUUGGUUGGAACGAAUUUAAGCUUCAUUAUUCCUCGACUAUCUUAGCAGGCCAACUGGCUGGUUUAUUUAAUACAUUAUAUAUAAGUUUUUUACUCCUAUAUGGUAUUGAUGAUACCGUUGCGAUCAAAAGUCACGACGUUCCAGCACUUCUAACAUUUGCUGUUGCUCUUCUCUGGCAAUCGGUGAUUGUGGUUCGCAAAAUUCGACAAAAUCAUCCGACCGUAUCCUACUCAAGUUGCCAUAUUUUUACGGUUCUUGCAGUGCCGUUAUUGAGCACCUAUCCAAUGGCAAUUUUUUACAGAUAUGCUGUUGUGAAGUGGUUUAAUUCCCUGGAUAAUGUGUGGUAUAAAUUCAUAUUGGCUAUCUUGACACCGACCUUAGCACUUGUACCGACUGCUAUGUGCAGGCAUAUGGCAUUAUGGCGUACUUCAGAGAUUAUCGAACCAGAGCGAAGCUUUGCGUUGGUUUAUUUCAUACGGGCGGCCUUCAUUGCUUUGUAUCGUAUCAUGCAAGCCGAUUUUGGGAACGUUUGGUUGUUUGUCGGGCUAUCUCUUGUGUCUGGUUUCUCGAGUUUGCUUAAAACAGCGACUGUUGGUAUUCGUGAGAAAGUAUGGGCACGAGUUAUUGGAUUUCUGAACAAAACUUGCUGUACAAGACUGAACCAUUUGCCUGGAAACACACCACAUCAUAGGCGACUGAAAGCAGACAUCGAGAUACAAAAUAUACUUUUUGAGAACAAUUCACUGAUUAUAAGCCAAUCCUACAUCGUUUUAUAUAGGAUUACAAAUUUUCAUCUCUCUGAUUGGUCUGUCGCAAAGUCAUCUUUAAUGAGGAUCGCUAUUGGAUUGGGGAUUGAUUUCGUGUUCAAUUUUUUGUCUACUUUUGUUCGUAUACAUUGGCAUGAUAUUCCCAUAGCGCGAGUGUGGUCGAAGUACUGGAAACGACAUAUUUUUGCUAACGGGAUCAUUGUUGCAUUUUUAGUAUGCUAUUUUACUAAACCCUUACUUACAGUAUUUCAAAAUCGUUUUCAUGAUUCUGUUGCGGGGAAUUAUACUAUCAGAAAUUGUACUCUGCCUUAUGAAAGCUGGCGUUGAUUUCGCAAACGAUUGUUCCCAAAUGUGUGGUGUAUCCUUUCCUUACUUCUCUAUUACGAACAAUUUCGUAUUACCGGCCCCAUGACUUUAAAGUUAUCAUAGUAUCAAUGUUAGCAAACGUAAUCAUAAAAUGUAUAAAUUUUAUUAUUAUAUACCAAUAUGCAAUAGUCAAAGUCGCAUUUUUCUAGUGUUUUAUUGGUCGAGAGCAUAUCACGUGAGAGUGACGAAAUUAGGCUGUUUCGAAACCUCUCAACAGCGCGAGAGGGAAAUAGUACGUUAUCGACCGGCGAAUAACAAAAUCACGUGCGCCAUCACGUGAAGAUGCGACCUUUGGACAUGCCGAACAAUUUAAAACAAUAUAACAAUUACAAUAUAACAAUUUAAACUUUCGCUUUAAGUAACUGCGGUGUUUAAUUUAACGUUUUAACAAUAAAAUAUUUCAUGUAUUUACGUUCAUUUGUUCUUUAAUUUGUUGUUCCUUUGACUAGUGAUAUAUAAUAAAACACUUAUUUACUGAGACCUCGGGAAAGCAGUGUGUUUUGUGGACCCGAGACCGACGAUGUUUCCCGAGGCGAAGUUAUAAGUGAUAAUUGUAACAUGCCCUGCAACCCAUAUCAAUACCAGCGUCUAGUUCAGGCUGGCUGGGGCAAACCUGCUUCAAUAAAUCUUUUAUCUAACUAGACGCAGUAUUUUUAAAUCUCUUGUUUUUGAGUAGUUAUAUUAUCAAGCAAAUUUCUUCUUCGUAACUUGGAAGAUAUAGCUUCCCACAUCUCUUCUAAUGAGUUGAUCGUUUUAAAUACGAGAUGAUGAGACUUGAGACGACAAUAUUGAUGUAGUUUAAGGCUUUAACUAUUCAUUUUUCCCUAAAAAAUCAGCCUUUCACAUGUUUAAUUAAUGCCUUUACCUAAUUUGCAUAUUGCUGCAUGACAAAUGCAAAUUAGGCAAAAUAAUUAAGCAUGCAAAAGCUAAUUUUUUAAGUGAAAAAAUGUAAGUUUGCGUGAAUAGUUGAAGGGCUUAAUUAAACUGAAGCAAAUUGUCUGAAACUUCGUGCAGCAAUUAAACACCCAACACAUUUUUCACCCAUUAACUCAAAAUAUGAUUAAACUUAAAGCUUUUAAAUCUCGUGCGCAAGCCAUUUUUAGUCUGCUUCAGUACCUGUACAAAUUAAUUUAAAUAACAUUCCCUUUGCACGUACCGUAAAAUGCGAUGUAGUUGCAAGAGGACUUAUAGUCUUAUAUAUAAAACAUUUUUAAACAUGUAGGUUGCGUUGAUUGGUUGUGGUCCUGCAUCAUUGAGCUGUGCUACAUUCUUAGCAAGAUUGGGUUACAGUGAUUUAACUAUAUACGAGAAAGAGGACUAUCUAGGAGGUCUCAGGUAUUCAAUCUUAAUGAAUAUAUUUAAAGUUUUGGCUCAUGUGCGUUGAGAACGAAAGAUAUUUAUUAAUAUGAUAAGCUGCCAUGGUUGGUAUGUCAACUACCUGAGAAAGUUGGAAAACACUUCCACAUUUCAUUCAAAAGUCCUGCAUCGCGAAUGGUUCAGACACAAAAACAUAGAGCCGGCAGCUUACUGUACAGCAGCUUAUUGUAUCCCUUCCAUGUAAUCUGACAAAAUAUUUUUUGUGGAUGGAAAUUUCGAGUUUAAUUUUCAUUAAUUUAUUUAUUUAUUUAUUUAUUUAGAAAAAUACAAGCAUAUAUAGGUCCUCUGGCAGCAGUUGAACCUGCGAGGCCCUGCGAUUUCGGUGCCGCGCUCUAAAACUGAGCUAUAUACAUGCAGAAACCAACUGAGCUACAGAGGCCAGUUGUUGGGCUCUAACCGCGUGUUGAUGUAUAAUGAAAUUUCGAAUUCUAUCUACAAAGCUCUUAAACAUCAGUUCAAUCGAGUGAGAUGCCCAAAAUAAUCCUGACUUUUACACACAAAUCUGACAAAAGAAUACCGGUUCAGGUUUGAAUAGAAAAAUAGAAGUAACGCUCAUGCAUCAUAACACUCGAUACUCGAUAGUUAAGCUAUUGAAAGACGAGUUAGCUGGUGCCUCAUAAUGUGAUCGAUCGGCCAACUUACUAUACCAUAAGGCCACCGUGUAAUUUCUCUUCAGCUAGAAAUAUACAAUGUUAUAAAACUUGACUUAACUAUUCGUAUGUUCUUUUUAGGCUGCCGAUAAUUUUCCCAAGUAUGCUCACUACCCAGCCUCGUACCCAGGCGCAAAUAACGUACUAAAAAUAGCAACACUACAGUGUUUUUAUAUAGAUCAGUGGCUAAGAUGUGCGGGGGUGCUUGGGGAGGACGCCCCAUCGUGUCCUGACCUAGCACCCCCGUGCGCUCGCUCUUCUUAGCCACUGAUCUAUAUAAAAACACUGUAGUGUUGCAAUUUUUAGUACGUUAUUUGCGCCUGGGUACGAGGCUGCUCACUACCGCUAACAUUUUACUAGCUUAAAAUAACGUUUAAAAUAUUUUGGUUAAUUUCUAGUUCGUCGGAGAUUCCGCAGUUCAGAUUGCCUUUUGAUGCUGUUUCGUUUGAAAUCGAGUUGGUGAAAGAUUUGGGUGUUAAGGUACACUUUGUCAAGAAUUUUUAAAUUCCUCCCUUGCAUGGCCGGGAAUGCAUCAUGUUGCCAAUUUCCUGUUCAAAUCGUUAUUUUCCUUGAAUUUGGCAAGGCCGUUAUCAAGCGAAUAUAAAAUAACGAAUCUUAUAUACAAGCAUCCACUGCCAUCAAAUGCCUCGUACCCAGGCGCUUUGGUUUGUCACGUCAUCAAGCACACGAGGGAUCAAAUUAGUCCACGCAAAGGCCACGCAUACCAUAGCAGCAACACAUAGCGCCUGCUUAAAUAUUAAGUUUGAAGAUGAAACUUUUUUAUGCGAAGUUUGUUUCCAUUGUGAAGAUAUAUGAUUGUGAUGUUGUCAAGUCUCUGAGUGUGUCCACACCAGACAAGCUGUCUUGUUCCUUCGAUAUCAGUGUUUUUACGAUCUUGAAUUUUUCUGUUUCUGGUGUAUUAAAAAACGCACUGAUUUCGAAGGAAUUAGAUUGUGUUCCGAAAUAUCACCCACUCGAACCGAGUUAACCUCGUACUAUAGCUCAGUUGGUAGAGCAUUAAUUGGAUUAGCAAACCAAAGGUGGCAGGUUCGAUUCCCACCGCGGUCAAGUAAACUUUUUAGCUUGCCCGGUAUAGACACACUCAGAGACAAUAUCACGAACUUAAAUUAUUGAUAAGUUUAGGAAUGGUAUACUCGCCUUGCAUGCAGCCUCCUCUUAUACCUGUUCUCUUUUAAUUUACUUUAAGAUUGAAUCAGGAAAAGGUCUUGGGAAGAAUGGAAUGAGUAUUGAGUCACUAAGGAACGGCGGGAAUAAAGCAAUCUUUAUUGGAAUUGGUUAGUAAGAAAACUAGCGACAUGCAAUAUGUGUAAUGAUAUAUUAUUUAUAUUACGUGAGCGUUGAUUGGUCGAGAAGUGUAUUUAUAUAACAGCAUGGGAGCAUGGGUAAUUUGCCGUCUCGCUGCUUUAACUUUAGAACGUAAAUAAAACAAUUUUAACCAUCGCGCUGUAGUGCAAUAAUACUAGUUUUAACAACGAAAUUAAGGAACCACAAGACAAAGAGGGAAUCUUCAGUUUAAAUAAAGGAGAACUUGACUAUUUUAUGGUCAUAUUGACGAGCAAGUACCAGUAAUGAGAAUUUUAAAUUCAUCUAUAUAAAAAACUUUUCUUGAGUCAUAUUAUAAAAGAAAUAGAAAACAUUUUCCCCGUUUCUAUUUUCAGUUAUAGAAACACUAGUGGUAGUUUGGAAGAACUCGAAAUAACGUGGAAAACUCGCCCUUAUCUUCUUUGGGUUCAUUUUCCCCAUAGAAAUAAUAGAUAAUAUACCUGUAAGCACGGAAAAUGUAACUAUGUUUGAUGACGAGAAGUACAUGUCAAGUUCAUUUACCAGCUAUUAAUCCUUAUAUUAAAUGCGUUUAAAACAAUUUAGGCCUUCCUCAGCCAAAGAAAAUCUCCAUAUUUAAAGACUUAGAGAUCAAACAUGGCUUUUACACUUCGAAAGACUACUUACCCGUGGUAUCUAAAGCCAGCAAAGCAGGUAACUAGUUGUUAAUCUGUUUUGUAAUGAGAUGUCGAGUUUAUGGUAUACAAACUUUGCUCUAGUCCGCAAGGAGUUUAGUUGAAGCGGUAUUUUGUAACAGUUUAACUUUUCAAAUCAGUUUGACCACGAGUUCGUCAUUGAAGUUUUAAUUUGCGAGAACCAGGUCUGAUGAAAUUUUUCGGACGCCAAUUUCAUUAAAUUGCCGAAUUUCUUUUCUUCUGGCUAACACCUUGUUGUUGCAGCUAAGUACUACUUUCGCAUAAAACGCAUUUGAGAAAGGGCUUUUAGUUUGACUCUACCAAUCUUCGCAGGUCUUAAUUGGGUACUCCUUUUUCCUUGUCUAUAGUUACGCUAGAUCAAUAAUUGGUGGUGCUAGGUGGCUAUUACUCCAGGGAGAGCAGCUGAGAACUGUAACAGAACAGAACUGUAAGAGCAGUCCAGUUUUAUUAAAGUCAGUUUAGUUCAGUGAAAACAAAUUUUGCACCAACGUUCCUUAACUUCGAUCUAUUUUUUCUUGCUCAAGGUAUGUGUGGUUGCAAGGCGAAGUUACCACAGUUGUCUGGAAAUGUUAUUGUACUCGGUGCAGGUGACACUGCAUUUGAUUGCUGUACUUCUGCAUUAAGAUGUGGCGCUAAGCGCGUGUUUGUCGUCUUCCGUAAGGGAUUUACCAACAUCAGAGCUGUUCCAGAAGAGGUGAGCUUGUCAAAUCGUUGAUAUGUCGCAUUUAAUAUACAUUAUAUAGACCGAUUCGAAAAAUAGUUGUAUAAAGUUAUUCUUCUUUCAUCCGAAAUUAAUUUCAACCAGAGCUGUCGCCUUAUAGAAUACUUCAAGACUAGCAAUAUUACAAAGUAUAAAUAUAAUACCAUGUACCUCUAUGAGAGGUACAGAUUUUGUUUGAGAUGCUACAAUCAGUGACAUUGAAAGGUGGGGCACAAGGUUAUUUUUUGUUGACAAUUGCAAGAAUAACAUGUAAAACCACAGCUCCCCCAUUUCAAUGUUGCUGUGUAUGCUGGGAGAGUUAUCCGCAACACAACACAACACAACACAAAUAGAAUGUUAAUUUUAGUCUAACAACAUUAAUGAGCGGGGAUUAUGUUACUAUCUCAGCCUUGGCUGUCACGUAUUUGUCACUGAUUGUAGAUUUAGCAACAAGCCUGACUAGCAUCGUUUUAGUGCAUUUGCACAUUUCAAAGGGCUGUAAUUUCGCUGGCAUGGAUUGUUUUUAAUCUUAAACCUUUACAUUUUGCCUUAAAUAACAGUCUCUGUUGAAAAAUUGUUUAUUGGCCUGUGUAAUGCAUAACAUAUAAAAUAAUGCAAAAUUAUGGUACAUGUAGCUAGUUUUUGGAUCGGUCAAUUGGAUGUUGAAAUCCUGAGAAUAUAGCUUACAGUUCGUUGUUUUUGUUAUAGAUGGAAGUUGCAAGAGAAGAAAAAUGUGAGUUUUUGCCUUUUAAGUCACCUGUGAAGGUAAGCAGGCACUAUUUAUUGGAAAAUGUAGUGGCGACCACUAUAGGCGUCAAUGUUAUGCUUGUUGACUGCUAUAUAUGCUUGGGAAAUACGUAAAAUCCAUGGUCAGUAAUGGCCUGCAUGCUUUUAACCACCAAUUGAAGUCAACAUUCUGGUUAGAGCUUAAAACAAUUCUUUCAGUAAAAUAACUCUUUCUUUAAACAAUCCAUUUAUUUCGGGGUUACAAACACCGGCAUGUUACAAACCAUUCAUUUUGGAUUUAUAAACACUGACAUAUAUGUUACUAUAUACAGUGAUAAACGUUUUCUAAUUUCGUGGAAAUUCAAGCGGUAUCUAACAAUUAAUCACGAUGAGUCACACUGCAUGUGAUACUGCAUGAUAUAGAGUCCAUAAACUAAGGCCCUCGUUACGUUUUUGGUCAUGGAAUAAAACAUGCUGAGGACCCGGACAAAAACUCUCGAAGCCCAGGAGAGAGGCAACCAGAUUUUACUUAGUUAUUUAAUUAUUCAAGAACAUAUGUAAUUUUGCAGCUGUUCCUGGUCAUAGUCAUAGAUAUAACGGUGUUAGCUCAAUAGAGGUUUGCGUUCGAAAAUUCUAUCUACAGAAAACAUAUCUGGUGUUAGUUUUUUCGAACGACAUGGCCCAACAUCUUGAUAAGUUACCACUUACCUAUCCUUAGUAAAUCCCCCAGCCUUGACCUGCAGUAGCAAGCUUAAACUAGGCCCUAAGGGGCACGUACUCACCCGUGCGUACCUUCUAUCGUAUGCGAUAAAGUAGUUUAAACUGAAUGAAAGUUUCAUACCGCGUCCUUGCAUUAUUCCUCCACAAACACUGCAGCAUUCCAGGUCAAAUUUACCUUGCCUAAUAGACAAAUUGCAUGUUAGAUUAAUUUUUGAUCUAGGUGAAAAUGGUAACAAUUUCCGCACGCAAUACAAACAUACAAAAUUUGCAAGACUAUAUAUUUUCCAAGCUUUACAACAUUUCGCAACCAAAUUUUACUAAUUUCAUUAUGUUAUUUUUAGCUGUGGUGUUUGAUUCCCUUCUCUUUACUUAGAUUAAAAUUUAGUCUAACAUACAAGUUGUCCAUUUUGCCCCAAAUAUUUAGCCUAAUAAUCUUUGGUCGUUGCUAAAGUGGAUGGAUGAGAGGGAGGUUUUCAAGAUGGCGGCUAUUUUUCCAGAUCGUUAAAACGCCAACGAAUUAACAACUAUGCACUUAUAACAAUCCUAAAAAAAACUUACCCUAAACCCUAACAUUAUUACCGAAACCCAGAAUCCUUUCUCUCGCCUGAAAAACAUGUCUUGUUUUCGUGUGAAAUCAUUCAGGAAUGUGACCACACUCCUAGACCUAGUACUGAUAAAAUGUCAAUAUAUUAAUAGCUAAUUUUAGAACAAUUUCUCACAGACCAAUCAGAUGUCGCCAUUUUCAAAUUUCGAUUUCACGACAUUAGGAAUUUAGUCGUAUUCCUGAAUGUUUUGACACGAAAACAUGACACUUUUUGUGAGCGAGGGGAUGUAUCCGCGGUUUUUGGUAAUAAACUAAAAUCCCCUCGUCAAUCCCUUUUAACCAUUACCAAUAAUCUCUUGGGUAAGAUCAUCAUUUGCCAAUCUCGUUCCCCAAGCCUGCGAUCCUCGGGAAGGAACGUGAGGCUCUGGGAUAAUCCGUUUCAGGGAGGAAUCUGAUUGGCCGUUGAUAUGGAAUGCGCAGUUCGGUCUUAGCCAGGAUUCCUGGCUUCCGGCAACGGAUUAUCCCAGAGCCUCACGUUCCUUCCCGAGGAUCGCAGACUCGGGGAACGAGAUUGAUCAUUUGCCCAAGUACGUUUUCAUUUUCCAUUAUAUUUUGUCUCGUUAAGGUUUAUCUCAAAGACGGCCGCAUAAGUGCUAUGGAGUUUUGUCAUACCGAGCAGGUGAGUAUCCCGCACAGCCAUUGCGUGUAAAUAGCUAAUUCGAGUGAUCAUGUUAUAAUGCCAUUAACAUUGCAUUUUUCUUACAUGUAGUUGGAUGAUGGCACUUGGAUUGAAGACAAAGAACAGACGUUGAAGAUAAAAGCUAAUUAUAUUAUUUCUGCGUUUGGUUCAACACUGUCCGAUAACGAGGGUAAGUAAUUCAUACUAGAAUCUAAGAACGGAUGACUUCUCUGACCGCUUGGGUCUAUUUCGGCUAUGUGUAUAAUCAGGGCCGCCCAGGGGGGUGGGGCAAAAGGGGCAAUUUGUGCCGAGUCCCCAGAUAAAGGAGGCUUCCAAAUAAGGAUAGAAUAGAUUAUGCAUAGAACCCGCAGUUAAAUAUUCUUCCAGAAUGCAGGAAUUCCUAUUUUAGGGAUUCUAGAUUUCCUGGGGAGAACGCCACAGAAUACGCAUUGAAAAUGUUAUAUAAACCUUCAGAACCGAAGGAAAUAAUCUUGCUAAUUGUCCUAAAAGUUCAAGAAUAUGCAUGAAAUCAAUCUCUAAAAGAGCACAUAACUUCAAGAAUCAUUGACGAUAGAAAAUCACUAUAGGGCCACAAAUAUUAAAUUGCCCCGGGCCCCUAAAUUUCUGUGUCGCGACUUGUAGUAUAUGUGAGUUUCGUGAGCUCCAUUUCCGCUACUUGAAGAGGUCGUUUCCGGUACAAUAAGUGAAGCAAUAAAUUAGCAUAAAAAGGUGAAUUGUCAUAAAAUAGGAAGACAGUCAAUACCAAACCUAACAGACAAUCAGAAAGCAAGUUUUUUAUGCAUACUGGGCCAGAAAAAGAUCAUACCACUACUAGUCUCACCUCUGCCAUUUUCAAUAAUAUUAUUAUUUUAUUAUUAUUUAAAAAUAUUUAUACACGGUAGCCUAUUCAACUAAAAUUAACAGUUGUUUUCAAAGGGCCGUGUGUUAAAAAUAUACUAACAUGCAAUACAUUUAAUUAUAAUUAUUUAAAUCUAUUUAUAACAAUUACAAUAACAAACAAACCAUACUUAUAUGCAUCUAAUUACUACUAAAAUAUAUAUACUAAAUAACAGAUUACAAUAAGAAAUUAUAUAGCCCUUUAUUUCAAUAUUAUUCUCUCUUCGUGUGGUAGGGCGUUCCAGAUCACGGAAGCUUUAUGACUGAAACUUUUUUCAUAGCAUUAGUAUUAUAGGUUUAGCCCUUUGGUAAUGAAAGCAUACAAUUGUUACUUCUUAGGUUGUAACUAGCAAUCUCGAUUUGAUAUAGAAAAUAAGUCUUACCAAGAUUCUCACUUAAUUUAUUGUUUUUGAUGCAGUACAAGUGAUUAGCAUUCGGAAAACGGAUAUUUACAAGCAGAUUGAAAUACCUUGUAAUUGAAAAUGUACAUUAUCUUUUGUUAGUUGUUGAUGCGAUGAAACCGCUGAAGUUCAAUUCAUGGGGCUCACCUGAGGUGAAUGAUGAAACCAUGGAAACAAGUGAAGUUGAUGUGUUUUGUGGAGGGGAUAUAGCUGGUGUUGCUAAUACUACAGUGGAAUGUGUAAAUGAUGGCAAGACAGCUGCAUGGUACAUGCAUAAAUAUCUUCAG